AAGAGCAAACUGUUGAUCCCACCAAGACCGGACUGGUAUGCUGCAGAAUGGUCGACUCUCGACAACAGUGAGGUUAGCACUGUAAUCCCACCGCAACGGAUCCUGGAAGAGCUGCACAGGUAUGCUACCAGUCUCCUCGAAACGGAGAAUGCUACCUACAAUGCCUCGCACCUGGCGGGCUCGUCCUCCCACAAGUUCUUGUCGACGAUCAUGUCGUCCGGUACGCUGGAGGACAAGGUGUCUGCCUUGACCCUUCUAGUGCAGGAGUCGCCGCUGCAUACAAUGAAGGCUCUUGAGAAUUUGCUGGGCUUGUCGCGGAAAAAGAGCAGAAACCAGGCGCUCAUGGCACUCGCGGCGCUGAAGGACUUACUCGGUCAAGGUGUCGUGUUGCCCGCCGAUCGUAAGCUGCGAGCAUUUACCAGACAACCCGCCCUACUGAAGGCAUUACAAGGCAAGCCAGCGACGAAGUGGGCAACUGGCGAACCAUUGCCGGGCGGCUUGCAAAAGCAGCACCUGAUGCUGUGGGCUUAUGAGGAUUGGUUGAAACGCACAUACUUCGAUCUGUUGCACGUACUCGAGGGCUGGUGUAAUGAUGAAGUGGAGUAUGCGCGCAGUCGAGCGAUCACCUACGUAUUUGAGCUAUUGCGGGAUAAGCCUGAGCAGGAGGAGAACCUACUGCGUCUGCUGGUAAACAAGCUUCGCGACACUGAUCGAAAGAUCGCAUCCCGAGCGUCUUACUUGCUGCUACAGCUCGAAAACACGCAUCCGGCCAUGAAGUUGGUGGUGACGAACAGUAUCGAAGCGGACUGCCUGUUCAGACCUGGGCAAAGUCUGCAUGCGAAGUACUAUGCCAUCAUCACCCUGAAUCAGACGAUACUGAGUCAAAAAGAGGAGAGCAUCGCGAACCGGUUACUAGACAUCUACUUCAGUAUGUUCGUUCAGCUGCUGAAGCCUACGGACAAAGCGUUAGCGCCACGAAAACCGGGAGUGCAACAGGGGGGCGGCGGGAAAGCAGGCAAGCUCGCAGCGAAGAAGCAGAAGGCUCAAGAGCGGACUGAGGAAGCCGAGCUACAGCUCCGCGACAAGAUGAUGGCGCAGGUAUUGACCGGCGUCAACCGAGCCUUCCCCUUUGCGGACGCCAGUGACCCAACCUUUGAGAAGCAAAUGGAUACCAUCUUCCGCGUCGCGCAUUCUUCGAACUUCAACACAGCCAUACAAGCUCUAAUGCUCAUACAGCAGAUAUCCGCCACCAAGCACUAUGGCGCCGAGCGGUUCUACCGCACUUUGUACGAGUCAUUGCUGGAUCCAAGGCUGAACACGAGCAGCAAGCAGGUCAUGUACCUCAACCUGCUGUACAAGAGUCUGAAAGCGGAUCUAGAUGCGAAGCGUGUGCAGGCGUUCGUCAAGCGGCUCUUGCAAACAACAGCGAUGCACGAGCCGCCGUUCGUUUGUGGUGUACUGUACUUAAUCAGUGAGCUCGCAAAGGCAUUCCCGAACAUACGGAACAUGAUCACGGAGCCCGAAGUUGAGAUGGAGGAUGAAGAGGAGCGCUACGUUGAUGCUCCGGAAGGAGAUGGUACUUCAGUCACCCCAACUGACGCGCAAUCCACUGGCUCAACCCCCAAUGGCAACAACCACUCUUACGAUCCUCGCAAGCGUGACCCGUCACAUGCACACGCCGACCAGAGUGCACUCUGGGACCUGCUGCCCCUUAUUUCCCACUUCCACCCCUCCGUCUCCCUCCUCGCCACCUCUCUCCUCAUGAACCAGGCCAUCUCAGGGACCAAACCCGACCCGACCCACCACACCCUCAUGCACUUCCUCGACCGCUUCGCCUACCGCAACGCCAAGACUAAACCCGCCGUCAGCCACGGCAGCAGCAUCAUGCAGCCCAUGGGCGGCAGCUCGCAUGCCGCGGACCUGCUGGUCAAGCCUGGUAAUGGCGAUCGUGGAGCCGCGGCUGGUGGUGGUGGUGGUGGCGUGUUGGAGGUCAACAGUGAGGCGUUUUGGCGGAAGAAGGUGGAGGAUGUUGCUGCGGAUGAGGUGUUCUUUCACGAGUACUUUACUCGGGCUGGGAAGGGGAGGAGGGAGGAGAAGAAGAAGUUGCGCAAGGGUGUUGCUCAAGGUGGAAUGGAAGUGGUUGAGGAUCUGGAUGCUGCCGAGGGUGAAGAUGAGGCGAAUGAGGAUGAGAUCUGGCAGGCUAUUGCGCAGUCCCGGCCGGAGGUGGAGGGUGAUGACGAAGACGACGAGCUCAGCUUUGGUGAUCUCGAAGAUGCUAGUGAUGCUGGUAGUGAGGCGGGCAUUGAUCUUGGUGGCGGCGGUGACGAUGGAGAUGAGGGUGAUAUGGAAGCCGCAUUUGCCGAAAUGGAUGGUCUGCUUGGUGGUGAUGAUGACGAUGCGUUGCUCGGUAGCGACGAGGAAGCUGCAGUGGAUAUGGAUUCGGAUAUGGAUGAAGCUGCGCCGGAAGCGCGACCAGAAUCUAAGGGCAAGCAGAAGCGGAAGGAGAAGAAGAAGCUCAAGGCUCUGCCGACUUUUGCUUCGGUGGAAGAUUAUGCGAAGUUGUUGGCUGAGGAG